CGUAAGCGCGCAUUCGCGCAGACUGCUGGGAUGCCGCCCCGUCCCUCCCGGUCUUCCAGUUUCCCGGCGUGCUCCGGGCCCGCCAAAUGGGAGGGGGAGACGCAAGAUGGCGGCAGCCGCGAACUCCGGCUCCAGCCUCCCGCUGUUCGACUGCCCGACCUGGGCAGGUAAGCCCCCACCUGGUUUACAUCUGGAUGUAGUCAAAGGAGAUAAACUAAUUGAGAAACUGAUUAUUGAUGAGAAGAAAUAUUACUUAUUUGGGAGAAACCCUGAUUUGUGUGACUUUACCAUUGACCAUCAGUCUUGCUCUCGGGUCCAUGCUGCACUGGUCUACCACAAGCAUCUGAAGAGAGUUUUCCUGAUAGAUCUCAAUAGUACACACGGCACUUUCUUAGGUCACAUUCGGUUGGAACCUCACAAGCCUCAGCAAAUUCCCAUCGAUUCCACAGUCUCAUUUGGCGCCUCCACAAGGGCAUACACUCUGCGUGAAAAACCUCAGACAUUGCCGUCGGCCGUGAAAGGAGAUGAGAAGAUGGGUGGAGAGGAUGAUGAGCUCAAGGGCUUGCUGGGGCUUCCAGAGGAGGAAACCGAGCUUGAUAACCUGACAGAGUUCAACACUGCCCACAACAAGCGGAUUUCAACCCUCACCAUUGAGGAGGGAAAUCUGGACAUUCAGAGACCAAAGAGGAAGAGGAAGAACUCCCGAGUGACUUUCAGUGAGGAUGAUGAGAUCAUCAACCCAGAGGAUGUGGAUCCCUCAGUUGGUCGCUUCCGGAACAUGGUGCAAACAGCAGUGGUCCCAGUCAAGAAGAAGCGUGUGGAUGGCCCUGGCUCCCUGGGCCUGGAGGAGUCAGGGAGCAGACGCAUGCAGAACUUUGCCUUCAGCGGUGGACUCUACGGGGGCCUGCCCCCCACACACAGUGAAGCAGGCUCCCAGCCACAUGGCAUCCAUGGGACAGCACUCAUUGGGGGCUUGCCCAUGCCCUACCCGAACCUCGCCCCUGAUGUGGACUUGACUCCCGUCGUGCCGUCAGCAGUGAACAUGAACCCUGCACCAAACCCUGUGGUCUAUAACCCUGAAGCUGUAAAUGAACCCAAGAAGAAGAAAUAUGCAAAAGAGGCUUGGCCGGGCAAGAAGCCCACACCUUCCUUACUGAUUUGAUAUUUUUGGUCAUGGAAAAGGGUGGGGCUGGGUGGGAAUGGGGUGGAAGGGUGUUGGGGAGCUAAUGAACUAGGGAGAAAACUUUCCAUGUGUGCAGUAUCGUCUUUCAGGAUGUCUCCUGGGGUCCUAACCAUGUAAAUUAAAAGUAGGGGUGGGUGGAAAUGUCCCCUAAAGACCUGUCUUUGGAACCCGGCGUAGAGAGAGCUUACUGUGUCCUUUG